ACAAUACACCGGUAAAAACAGCAUCCAGCUCCCUUAUACACCCUCAUAAUGUCCGAAGAAGAACAGCAGAUCGACCAGCAGUACCCCUCCACCGACGCCGAUUUGGAUCGGGAACCGCAGGCUGUGGUGAUGGAUGUUGAUGCGACGAAGAUUCAGAUUUUGCCUGGUGCAUCGGAAGAUUUGUCGAGUGCUACGUUCCAGAUCCUGGAGGAGGACCACACGUUGGGAAACGCGCUGAGAUAUAUGAUCAUGAAGAAUCCCGAAGUCGAGUUCUGCGGUUACUCAAUCCCCCACCCCUCCGAAGCAAAAAUGAACAUUCGAAUCCAGACCUACGGAACAAAUGGAUAUACCGCUGUUGAUGCGAUAGAGAAGGCGUUGGAUGACUUGGUGGGGUUGUGUGAUCAUGUUGAUCAGGAGUUUGAGGCGAAGUAUGCGGCGUUUGAGGAGGGGAGACAAGAUGGGGAUGUUAGUAUGUCUGGAUAGGGAGGGGUUAAGCGAAGGGAGGGAGUGUAGAGAGGAUUUUGAGCAUAUGUUCAGGAUGAGCAUGAUACCCGGAGGAAUGUUAGAGAAACACAGUUCCGUUCCAAGUACGAGUG